UACUCUUGGGACGAGCCGCUCUUUUCUCGGGGGGAAUCCAGAUCCACAUUAGCGAAGAGACUCGUGUCAGUUCCGACUCUUAAAUGCGACACUCUCCCUCUGCGCUCGAACAUUGGCGGAUUCCCAAUCGCUAGUUACCCCAGCUCGCAGUCCGUUUUCACUCUCCGCUCUAUUCUCCGCCGACCAUGGAUAUGAUGAACAUGACGAGCUCUGCGCCCUCGACGAACGCGACCUCAUCUGCGAUGCCGGACCACAGCAUGCCGGACAUGUCGCUGAUGAUGAAGGCCUACCUGCACUUCACCCCCGGCGACCUCGUCCUCUUCAAAUCCAUCGCCCCGCGCUCGGGGGGCGAGAUAUUCGCGGCCUGCCUCAUCUUCUUCCUCCUCGCCGUCGGCGAGCGUUACCUCCGCGCGCUGCACGCCGAGUUCCGCACCCGCUGUGUCGCACGGACCCGCCGCCUCAUGGCACGAAUGUCCGCAGAGGACGGGAAGCCGCUCACCGCGGACGCAGCCGACACGCACGCGAUUCCGCCCGUGCCGCGCCGUGCACCGCGCACGCCGUUCAUCCUCACGCAGGAGCUCGCGCGCGGGGCGCUCGCGGGUGUGCAGAGCACAUUCCACUACGCGCUAAUGCUCGUUGCCAUGUAUGUUGUCCGCCCGCCCCUUGCGCCGACCGACGCUGACUGCGGCAGGACGUUCAAUGUUGCGUACAUCGCGAGCAUCGUUAUUGGGACGGUCGUCGGGGAGAUGGCAUUUGGGCGCUUGGGCCAUUGAACUCCGGGGUCGAGUAUCGAAUUUGUUUUCACUGGAAUGACGAUCGCUUUGCAUCAAGUCUCCGGAGUCCCCUCCCUGUUCAGACAUCUUGACUGUGGAGACGCAUGACGUAGGAGGCUCAGUGAGCGAGCUGAAUUGGGUCCCAGGCCCCAGGGAGAGUGCAGAAAGCGGGAAUCACGGCGUUGGUGCAGUCACCGUGUCGUCCGAGAGACGCUCCAGCGCUUGUUUAAUUGCGACACGGCGAAAGACACACACUGGAAUAUUCCCACAGGAGAAACACCGCGCGUUCUCAGAGUGGGAAGAACCUCGGCAAGCGAGCCCGGGUCGCUUGGCUGCUGAUUUGCGCUCCUCCUCGUCGUCGUCGUCAUGGGGAGGGUGGCUCGCCAGGCUCGGGCUGCCCUGCUUUCUUGUCACGAGUCGUUCCUGCACCGUACUAAGUAGCCCUUGGUGAGACGUCAUAUCUCGUUCAAG